UUUCGACCCACAUGGUUUUGCUUAUUUGUUUCCCUUGAAUCCCAACAUUGAAAUACUUCAUUCAAAGGACUGCUUUUCAAGACUUGAGUGUAUAUAUAUUCAUCCAUUUUCCGUUUUCAUCAGUACAACUAAACAAAAGCUUUCAGUUCCCUUCGAUCUUUACUCUCUCUGCCUUUUCUUGUUCUACAAUAGCCUCCCUUGUUUUGAGAAAAGAAACAAGAUGAUCAGUGCUAAGAAGCUUAUCAAAUUGGCAAGGAAAUGGCAAAAAUUGGCAGCAAUUAAGAGAAAAAGAAUCACACUCUCGAGAACCAGUGGGGAAGUUGACACAAACAGUUGCAGCACAUCAUCAAGGGUCGAGAAGGGUCACUUUGUGGUGUAUAGCUCUGAUGCGAAGCGGUUUGUGCUUCCAUUGGAAUAUCUGAAGAAUUUAAUUGUGAUGGAGUUGUUCCAACUGGCAGAAGAGGAGUUCGGGCUUCAAGGUAAUGAACAUCUCACCUUGCCUUGUGAUGCAGACUUGAUGGAAUAUGUUAUUGGGUUGAUCAAAAGGAAAGCAAGUAAAGAAGUAGAGAAAGCGUUUAUUAUGUCAGUAGUCGGUGUCCGUUGCUCAUCAUUAUUGUAUCCCUAUCAGCAAACAAGCCAAAAAUUGCUAACAUUGAGCGUCUAAAAUCAAAUGGCGCUGUACAUUAAGACAUAUAAUGAGAAAAUCCAGAUUUUGUUU